CCUGCAUUGUACCUCCCCUGGCUCUUCAUAGUCCAUGGCUGCACUCCCACACUCUCUAACCUUCCUCUCCUGCUCCUCUUCCUCUUUCCAUGGCUUCCUCUCCUUCUCUCAAUCUUCUCCUCCUCUCUCCUACUUUACCUAAACACCCUCUCCUCAACCCCCGCCACCACCACCACCUCCCCGGCCACCGCGCCGGUCGCAGAUCCCUCACUUGCUGUCUUGCUCUUCACCCAUCCAGCUCCGGCUCCGGCCUCCGUGUUGUCGUCACCGGCGGUGGCACCGGCGGCCACAUCUACCCAGCGAUCGCCAUAGCCGACGAGCUCAAGAAUGCCUACCCUGACGCUCAGAUCCUCUUCAUCGGCACAGAAUCCGGCAUGGAGAGCGAAGUCGUCCCCUCUGCCGGCUAUGACUACUCCCCUAUUCCCAGCGCCCGCCUAUUCCGCCCCUUCCUCAACCCUGUCAAUCUUCUCCUCCCCUUCUCUCUCCUUCGCUCCAUCUUCAUCUCCUGGACGAUCCUCCGCCGGUUCCGCCCCCAAAUCGUGCUCGGCACCGGCAGCUACGUCGCCGCGCCGGUCUGCUUCGCUGCCGCUCUCGCCGGCAUCAAGUUUGUGAUCCAGGAGCAAAACUUUCCAGGUCUCACUAAUCGCUCUCUUGCUCCUUAUGCUGAGAAGAUCUUUCUUGCUUUCAAUGCUUGCGUGAAGUACUUCCCAAAGGAGAAGUGUGUGGUGAGUGGGAAUCCGGUCAGGUUGGCUCUGAGGAGAUAUGUGUCCAAGGCAGUCGCCAGGUCGCACUUCUUCCCCAAGGCUUCGGCGAAGAAUGGGGAUGAGAAGGCCCAGGUUGUGCUUGUUCUUGGAGGCUCUUCUGGUGCCUAUGCUCUCAAUAUUGCAGUUCUGAACAUGUAUUAUGAGAUGCUGCUGGAACACAAGAAUAGGUACAUUAUAUGGCAGACUGGCGCUGAUGGCUACAAUGAGAUGGAAAGCCUUGUCAAGAACAAUCGGCGCUUGCUGCUAACACCGUUCUUGCAUUCAAUGGAUUUGGCUUAUGCUGCUGCGGAUGUUGUUGUAUCUAGAGCUGGGGCCAUGACUUGCACUGAGAUCUUGACAACUGGGAAGCCCUCUAUUUUGAUACCGUCACCUACAGUUGCAGAUGAUCAUCAAACAAAAAAUGCUUAUAUUAUGGCAGACGUUGCUGGGUCAAAAGUCAUUCCACAAGAUGAACUUGAUUCAAGCUGUUUAGAAAUUGCAAUCAAUGAAGUAUUAGGGGAUGAGAAGUUGAUGGCAGAGAUGUCAGAGAAGGCACUAAGUGUUGCUCGACCAAAUGCCUCUGCUGAAAUUGCGCAAGACAUGCUUUCCCUCAUCAGGGUGUCUGCUCCAUAGUACCAAGUUGAAGCAUCGUCAGGUUUUUGGCUCGUCUUCUUUGUAAUUUUGCUAUGCAAUUCUUAGAGAGUUUAUUGUGCAUUACUUUUUGAUAUGAGCCCUUCAUUCCUGCGGGAGGUAGGUUAGAGUCACAUGCAGUGUAAUGGUCACAUUGUUACGAAUAUAUACAUGGAUUGGUAAAAGCUGUAUGAUGGAGAACCAUAUGUUGAAAUGCUUCAAGUCUCCAAAGAAUGAAUUUUGAAAUGAGUUGGAUUGAUUUCUCUUUUGAA